AGAUCAGCCGUGUACGGAAGGACAUGUACAACGACACGCUAAACGGCAGCACAGAGAAGCGGAGCAGUGAGCUCCCAGACGCAGUGGGCCCCAUGGUGCAGCUCCAGGAGAAACUAUUUGUGCCUGUGAAAGAGUACCCCGAUUUUAACUUUGUGGGCCGUAUCCUGGGACCACGGGGGCUGACAGCCAAGCAGCUGGAGGCAGAGACAGGAUGUAAAAUCAUGGUGCGCGGAAAAGGCUCCAUGAGGGACAAGAAGAAGGAAGAGCAGAACCGCGGCAAACCCAACUGGGAACACCUCAACGAGGACCUGCAUGUCCUGAUCACAGUGGAGGACGCACAGAACCGCGCUGAGAUCAAGCUGAAGCGGGCUGUGGAGGAGGUCAACAAACUACUGGUGCCUGCGGUGAGUCAGUAG